GAGUAUAUAUAUUCGGUAGCACGCGAAAAUUAGCGAGUAAAAAACCCGUGAGUAUGAUUGAAACGUGCAUAAAAGAACGUCCGCACAAGAGAGUUUUGUGGUUACAAUGGAUUGGAGGCCUAGGAGCUUUGCUGCUGCUCUUCAUCUCUGGAUUGAUGAUAGGAUGGACGUCACCUUAUAUUGCCAAGCUUACAACCCCUAAUUCAACAUUACAUAUUACCAAAACCGAGGCUUCCUGGGUGGCUUCGUUAAUGAACUUUGGCCGACUGACGGGAGCAGUGCCUGGCGCAGCUAGCGUUUAUUAUUUCGGAGGCAAACAGACGCUGUUUUUCAUCACCAUCCCUAUGAUCGUCGGCUGGAUCUCCAUCAUAAUGGCAAAUUCCGUAGUUUGGCUGUACAUAGCAAGAUUCGUCAGUGGGCUGAGCAUGGGAAUGAGCUACAGUAGUUUUCCACUCUAUCUUGGAGAGAUCGCCAGCCCCAAGAUCAGAGGAUCAUUGGUGACAUUGGCAAGUUGUGGUGCGCCGGUGGGAAUGCUUUGCGGGAACAUAAUUGGUGCCUACGUUGACAUGCCAGUCUUCGCCUACAUAAGCCUUGUACCAACCGUCGUCGCCAUACUCCUCUUUUUGUGGCUUCCGGAGUCGCCGCAUCACCUACUCCGAACAAACCAAAUCGGGAAAGCCGAGGAGGCGAUCGCAAGAUACAACCCGGGAAUCAAUAUCCACGUUGAGGUGAAAUCCAUUCAGAACUUUCUCACUGCGUCGAACUCCCAAACGUUCCGAAGUAAACUGCGAGAAUUCAAUAUUCCCCAAAACCGGAAGGCUGGGCUCAUUAUCAUCGGGCUUUACUUGUUCAUGCAGUUGAGUGGACUCAAUAGCGUAUUGUUUUACUUGGAAACUAUUCUGACGAAUGGCGGAUUGACCUUUAUACCACCGGCCACGAUGGUCAUGGUAGGCAGUGGAGCUGCAAUUUUUGGUGCUGUAGGGGCAAUUUAUUUGGCUGCCAAAUGUAAACGAAAGACGUUGCUCAUCGUUUCCUGUGUUGGAACUGUCAUCUCGUUAGGGCUUAUGGGAACACAUUUCGCCCUUUUAAACGGUGGAACUGAUUCUGCUGAACUACAGUGGCUGAUAACAUCGUCCGUCCUCAUGUACGAAGUUUCUGUUCACGUUGGACUCUGUCCUGUUCCUAGUAUAGUACUCAGUGAAUUAUUUGCUCCGAAUAUAAAGAGCAUGGCAGCUUGUAUAGCCAGUGUUUCAGUUGGACUCUUCGCCUUUCUUUCCUCCAAAACUUAUCAACCCCUGGUGGACAUGAUGGGUGAGGCUUACGUAUUCUGGAUGCACGCAUCGUUCAUUGUAAUUGAAAUAAUAUUUGUCUGGGCAUGUUUGCUGGAAACGAAGGGGAAAUCUCUUCAAGAGAUACAAAAUGCAUUGCAUAAACGGUAAAUAUACAGCGACUGACCCAACAAUGUACAAUUAUUACUUAAAUUCUGAUGUAAAUACUUUGAACGUAAAGGCCAUGAUUUAUAUGAAAAUAAAAAAUCUUAUACAAAAAAUAAAAAAUAACCAUGGUGGUGGUAACGAUUCUGUAAUUCUUCGUCCCAGAUGUCUCUAAUAUCAGUUUCUAUCUCAAUAAAACUAACGGAAAUUA